AUGCACAACUUUAGCGAAGAGUUCCUUGCGCGCCCGGAAUAUCAAGUUAUCAAAGCGUUUGUCCAGGAUCCCGAUGUGUCUCCUGCAGAGGCAGUCCAACGGCUUCUUAGGGUGCGUGAGGUCUUACAUCGGGAGGGACGGGAACCUCCGACGGAUAUCGAUGGCACACACACAUGGAUUGCUAUGGUUACCGUCGUAGAUCUCGUGAGCCUUACCCCAGCUGCGCAGCAGCACAAGUUUAUAGAAUUUAUCGACCAUCUCCAACGCACCAAGGUUAUCGAUCCUGUCUCAGGUGAAGAGCCAACGGCGGUGGACAUGAAGCUGUGGACCGAGCUCCCCUACCUCGGAGUGUACUUGAGGGAUAUGUAUUUUUUCAAAUAUGAACCCGAGUACGCCCAGCAGGUCGACGAUGAUCCCCGAAGGGAGUAUCCCCCGAGCGAGCUCCAGGAGUGGGAGAACCGCAAUGCGUUCAUGGCGCAGCUUACCGCGAAAGCAGACCAUCUCGGCCAUACCAUUGAUGCAUCACUAUAUGCGCUAUGGGCGUGCCGAGAAACGUUUGAGGAGUGUGAUCCGCUGGUGGAAGAGGCUGUGCGUAUAUCAUGUAUCUGGUAUAUUUAUGCCAGCCAGCGGAUGUGGGAGAACUGCCAGGUCCGACGAACAUUCGGAGACGCUGAUAAUCCUUCUCCGCGACAGCGCUUUACCAUGAAAAAGUGGUAUCAUUGGAGGAACGGCUUGAAGGCGGCACAGCUUCAGUUCCCCCGGGCGAGUACGCAAGAGAUGAUACAGAAGGCAUUGACAGAGAUUGAGAAAGCGGAACAUGGGAGUGAGGAUCUGUAG